UGUGUACGCGCACGCGAACGACUCCGAAAUGCCGCACACAAACUGCGAUAACUUGCACUUCCAGCUGGACUUCAGCCAACCCAUCCUUCAGCUAGAGAACAACUGGGAAGCUGAGAAGUUGGCUACUGAUGCGUGCCAUGUGCUGAGACUGCGGGCCACUGCCGUGGGCAGCACAUCGCUGCGGGUCUCGUACAUCUUUCAGGACAAAGUGCUCCAGGACGCGGUCGAUUUGCAUGUGUUCGAGGCGCUGAGCGUCCUGAAUCCCUUGGAGAAUGAGCUGGUUCUACCCAUUGGCGCGUCGCGAAACGUAAUCUAUGUGCAUGGGCCGCGCCGCCUCUUUACACUGGAGGCGGAGCUCACCAAGGCCACAAACUUUAAUGGCAAGGUCGUGAAGGUGUCGGAGAUUGAGUUGGAUGCCGAGGACCUCAUUACCGCGUUCAGUAUCCUGUGCCGCGAGCUGGGCGAGACGGUGUUCCAAUACCGCGUGUACAACAGCCUUGCCACGUCCAAAUUCGUCGCCUUUAAGUCUGAAGUAACAACCAAGGUGCACUGCGUGAUGCCGCGCUUCCUGAAGCUAUACUCCAGACAGGUGUUGCGCCAGUCGUGUCCCCUGGAGCACCGCUCUAAGCUGCUGUAUCUCAAGAGUCAGGAGAACAAGUUUGAGAUCGAAAUCGAGGUGCAGGACGCCAAGAAUCGCAGGCUCAUGAACGUCAGCUCGCUGUGGCUGGACUGGGAGUUUGCCGCAGGCGACGAGCGAUACCAUGUGGACAACAUUCCCCACCACCAGAUGUCCGAAGUGGAUCUCCUCCACGGCGUCAAAGUCACUUCCACCGAAAUGCUUGUCCUCACGCUGAGUGAAGUGUCGCCCAACUUCCGCAUCAAGGGCACAGUGGUCCGUUACAAAGACAAGAUGCUGGCCCAACAGGAAAUUUACGCGGAACGCCCUCCCUUUGGGGUCAAGAACCUGAAAACGGGUAGUAUUACCACUCCAUUGAUUGAGAACGAGAUCAGGUUCCAAACGGUGAACAGUAAGCUGCUGAAGAAGGAUCACAUCAGCGUCUAUCUGGCCCCCAAUCACAGAGAACGCAUCCACAUCGCCCAGUGAAGCGGCUUCUUCGAAAUGGAGCUCUCCGAG